GGCGAAUGGAGCCGAACCGCUAUCUUCACUGACCUGGAUUGUGGAGGGUCUCCAUUCUGCCCAGCUCAGCGGAGAAGAUAAUACUGCAGAUGGAAUCUUGACGUGAACGAUGCCGCUGCAGGGCAGCGCUGUGCCAGGAGCGUCCGCCGAGCUGAAGGAGGAGCCGGCUUGAGAAAUUCCAGUAAUCGUAACACCCUUAACUACACCUGGAUUACAGCAAACUCACCUCACUGUUUGCACAUCGAUCUUCUACAUGGAUAUGGAGGGAGCAGGAUAGCGGGAAGAUGAGACCAGAUCUUCGCAAUUUAACGCACCAACGUAGCCAAUGGAUCUAAAGAGAGUGCUAUCCUUCCCCCCAUACCCCGGGGAUUACCUACAUCCAGUGGUGUAUGCCUGCACCGCAGUUAUGCUGCUCUGUCUGCUUGUCUCCAUCAUGACUUACAUUGUCCACCACAGUGUGAUCAGAAUCAGCAGGAAUGGCUGGCACACACUCCUCAACUUCCUCUUUCACACAGGACUGACAUUUGGUAUUUUUGCUGGUGGAAUCAAUCAAAUCAACUUACCUUUUGUGUGUCAGAUUGUUGGCAUUGUGCUCCACUAUGCUUCUCUGUCUACCAUGCUGUGGCUGACCUUCACUGCUAGAAACAUCUGUAAAGAUGUUUCCAAAGACCCACUUCAGGCACAGGAGAGGAAUAGGGCUUCCCAGACUUGUACCAAACCAGCCAUCCUCAGAUUUUAUCUUGUAAGUGAUGGAAUCCCUAUCAUAAUAGUUGGAGUUACAGCAGCAUUUGGUAUGGAUAACUAUGGCAGCAGAGAUGAUGCACUGUAUUGCUGGAUGGCAUGGGAACCAAGUCUGGGUGGUUUCUAUGCUCCCAUGAGUCUUCUGGUCUUAGUCAUGUGUGUGUACUUCUUGUGGACUUACGUCCAGCUGAAGCGCCACCCAGAAAGGAAGUAUGAGCUGCGGGUUUUAAGUGAAGAGCAGCAACAGCUGUCAUCAAAUGAGUCGCACCAUCACUGCCACACGGACACUGGGUCUGCUGGGGACUGCCAGCCCUUUGCUGCUGGCGUGUCAGUUCUGGCCAAUGAGCACUCUUUUAAAUCUCAACUCCGGGCCACAGUCUUCACCCUCUUCCUGUUCCUGGCUACCUGGACUUUGGGAGCAUUGGCUGUUUCACUGGGACAUUUCCUGGACAUGAUAUUCAGUUGUCUCUAUGGUGCUUUUUGUGUCACUCUGGGACUCUUCCUUCUCAUCCAGCACUGUGCUAAGCGUGAUGACGUGUGGCACCGUUGGUGGGCUUGUUGCCCAUCCAGAUCAAAGACAGAGGAUGGGCCUGGAGAAGGACAGAGCCAGAGGCAGGAAGUCCAUCAGCCACACUGCCAUUUGAAUUCCCCACUCUCAGUGAAGCAGCAGAUGCUUUCUCCUUACCCUAUUCAGAGUUCUCACCACAGAACAACACCACCUCCCCAAAGCCCAACAUUAAAUCACACAGGUCCAUGCUGUGUGGCUGUAAUGACUCCUGUUAGCCCUUCCCCCAUCUCACCUCAUGCUGACCAAAUGCCUUCACCACGUCCACAGUCACUUCCUGAUGAGCUCCCUCAUCCAGCUCUUCCCCUGCAGAGUUGCAUUGCUGAUAGGACAAAGACACGCUCUUUCAACCGUCCACGCCAAUGCUUCCAGGAUUACCGGUCUCAUAUCACUUCCACCAGUAUGGAUGGGAGUGUGCACAGUACUCACCUGGACAGUCCUCAUAAUGUGCACCACAUUGAAGCCUCACCACUGGUUUCUAAUAGUCCACACCCAGAUCUCCAGCUUCCAUACAUCAGCCCUCAUUUAGAUAGCCAACUUGUAGUGUCCUGUCACAGCUUGGAACGUCAGACCUCCUGCCACAGUGUGCAAGACUCGGUUGCUUCCUGUCACAGUCAUGCCCACAACAUGCAUGACAGUAUCUCUUCCUGCCACAGCCUUCUUAUGCCUUCUCAUGGGGUCGACACCAGCCAGUGGCACAUGUACUGCUCAGUCGAUGACUCUUCCAGCACAAACUGUUGUGAGAGAGCUGAUCCCGUCACCUUGCAGUAUGAACAAGACCCUGACAAUUUGAGCUGGAUGUCAAAGACGGCAGACAAAGAAAAGAUCUGUCUAGAGCUGGAACAGAAAGGUUUCCCAAGGAACACCCUACCUCGGCAGCAUGGCACUGUGAACCGACGGGGACCCAUUGGUAGAAACAGGAGUCUGCAGGAAGAUAGCCUGUUUGGUUCAGAUGCCACAGGAAACAUACGGACAGGCCCCUGGAAGAAUGAAACCACCGUAUAGUCUUGAAAUCCUUGGAGCAGUCAAACCUUCCAGCAAAUGACUUUUUGUUUGGGUCCCUUUGCCUUCCAGGCCCUAAGACCACAGGUUGAGUUUUUACAUCCCAGUAACAUUUCAGAUCUCUUUAUGUCAAAGUUAACAUUUUAUUGUUUCAAAAAUCAGAUCUGAAUAAACACACACACACACA